AUGCUCAAGAUUUUUGCUCACAAGAAGCGACGUGCCUCUAUCCUUGAUAUCUCUCAAAAGUCAUUGAGCAACCCCACAACCACCACCACAGCCUCUUCCAUUUACACUGCGACAACAUCCAUCCAUGGUGAUGAAUCGCCAAUCAUUCAUGUUCCCAAAAAACAGGUUCCUGUUAACAGCAGCAGUCCAAUUCUAAUGAUGCCAAAGCCCAAACAUGCCAUUCCUCCCACACAAGGUGUACUGGAUCCUGGGGAUAAGGAUAAGACUGAGCUCGAGGAACAACAACAACAACCAGCAGAAGAACGCGUCAUUCAAGAUAUACAAAGACGAAGAGCGUCAUCAUCAUUGGAUCUGGAUGAUCGUGUUGAAGCACUCCAACGACAAGUAUAUAUGAUUCAGCAACAACGUGAAUUGGAACGUGCACAAUGGAAGCAACGAGAACAAGAGCAUCGAUUGCGUGAAAGAGAAAUGAUGGAGAAAAUAUGCCAAACCCAGGAUCAAUUACGCAUGGCACUUGCUGGUAAUAGUCGUAACAGCAAUAGCCGUCCUCCUUCAAGACCACGUUCAACUUUGCUGCUCAUGGAUGAACAAGAGGAUGUGGAUUAUGAGAUCCCACCACCACCAUUGUACGCUGCUGCAGGUCAUCAUAGACGAGGUGGGUGUCGACAUCAACGCCCUAUGGCAUCUCCACGUCCACGAAGGAAUAGUGCAACAUCCAUCCAUAGUCGUCAUCAUUGGAGUUCUCCUGAGAGUGAUUAUGAGGAUGAAGAAGAGGAAGAUCAAAGGUACAACUUUUCACCAGGAGGAGGGCAACGACGACAUUAUCCUAGACCAAGACCAAGUGAAUCGACAACCCAACAAAGACGAGCAAGACGUCCCGUUUCAUAUUAUUGCUACCAUUGA